AUGUGGCUCUUGCUACUGUUACUCCUCCUGCUGGGGUCACAGCACGAGACCUCAGAUCACCCCAAGAGGCGGUCACGGCACGUUGACCUCUUCAACGCUCCACCAAGAAGAGAAGACCGACGCACAGCUGCCGUGCUCGACAACAAGAACACCACGGCGGAGAAGACGGCGAAUGCCACUUUGCAAAGUGGGCUGCAGCGCCCUUUCCCAUCUGCAGCGAUGGUCAAUGUCACCGGCAGUCACAGUUUCAACGCUUCAAGAGGAAGAUUCGCUUUUGACCGAACGGGACGAUCGUCAUCCAAGAGAAGAAAGCAGCAGAGGAUGAAAGCAAAGAAGAUGGCGGUCAAACAUGGCAGAUCUGGUGCGCUGAGCAGGAACAACGCAACGCGUUGUGCAGUGAGAGCACGGGUCUGUUUCCUGCGCUGAGUUUCAGUUCUGUCAUCGAUGGACUUGUCAAAUGCUCUUCACGAGCUCGAAGGCCACACGGUUGCAGGUAAAGACAUGAGCACGGCGGUUGCCCUUCACUCGUGUCCCACCUUUUCAGGCGAUAGCGCUUCCGCUGGCCCUCCGUAUCCUGACAACACCCUUUCAACGUACCUGUUCAAUUCCCGGGGAGGUCGCUCCAACUGGCUGAACCUGCUGGCCCGUGUGCGCUCGCUUCCACGGCCUCUCCUUCUCUUUCACGCGCUGCGCGCAUGGGGAAGCCCGUAUGUCCAUCAAUCUGUCGAUAAAGUGGUAGGUGCACAAGCAGCAAACACGGAGGUGAGCGGCAGCCGCCCGAUUCUGUUUGUGCACUUCGCUUCAGGAACUGUACAACUUGUUACGUGCCUUUCUGCCUGACUGCGAGAGUCAAGUCGAUGUUCUCGAGGGACUGCUGCUUGCUGGGGUGAGUCUUAAAGACGGCAGUAUGCUCUUCUCCCAGGAGAUGGCCAGCCGUGCUGUCCUUCCCUCCUGUUUGUCAGGCAAAAGAGGAGAAUUGUCCAUGGAAGGAUUCCGCGUCUGUCGAGGGCCUUCACCUGCACGACCUUAGCUACGAGACAUACAUGGGAUGUUGGGAGGCAACGAAAGAGUCUCAAUGCUGUAAACAACAGGAGGCACGGCUUUGAGGGCAACGUGUGCAGGCAUGCGCUUGUUUGUCAGUUUGUUCGAUGCGUCGCGUGGAGGAAGCUUUGAAUCGCUUUCCCGAAGCGGAGUUCCUGUACAACUGCAUCGUGCUGCAGCCACGAUGGUCGACUGUUCUAUCGAUCGCAAGCCUGCAGGAAGAGAUCUGCACCACUCUGGACCUCAUACGCACUGGCAAGCUGGGGGCGGAGGCUCACAAAGCCGCAACCUUCCUGCAGCUAGAAUACAUCAACAAUCGCACCUCUGCUGUGCUGAAAUCGCAACAAAUCUCUGAGCUUCGAACAAUAGAAGCUCAAGGGUCGCUGGAAGGGAGAAUGAUGUGCGUACGCGUGUCAAUGAGUCAGGAUAUUUUUGAAUAUCCCGAUGCUUCUGAGAGAGCCCUUUUGCGUCUUGAGCAACAAAUAAAAAUCCCAAACAUGAUCAAGAAAGAGGUGAGAAGGUGACACAGGCCAAGACACUGUCGAUGGCAUGCUUUUGUGUGUCAUCAGCAAUUCUUUUCAUUUUUUCUGAAGCUGAUGCCCUACCGACGAAUCACAUAUCCAUCCAAUCACUGCAGCUUCAUCGAGCACGCAUCCGCUGAAGACUCCUCCCUCUCAAUUCACCGGUCCGCCAAGCGGCCGCCGAAGCGUCGUGUGCUGAAGCCACGGGAGAGUCAGCGGUCGCCGCACAGCGGUCUGAGACACCUGCCGCCUGAGGAGCAGGCGAGAAUGGUGGUGUGGCGCCUCAGCCAAAGGGAAUAUAUCUACGAUGCCUGGGUCUACCUUGUCUCUGGGGUGCGCAUGAUAUGAAAAACGUUGCAGAGACACAGGGAGGAGUCAAUUGCAUGCGUCCGCAGGGCGAAGAGGGUGUGACCCGCAAGUCCUUCUGCCACGCUGUUCAUGGGGUGCGCACGUCCCCUGACAAGUGCUUCUAGUCGGUGGAGAUCGGCCCGCUUUUCGACGAAGACGAGGACUACUUCACCUUCGGCAAUGACCCAUGCAAGAAGAUCAAACCAAGUAAAUGACGGACUGAAUGCAAUCUCAAUUGUCUGAGCUUCGAUGGGUGUUGCUUGUAUGCACUGCUAUGCAGUGGAAUGUAAGGACGACGCGAUGAUCAAAGCUUGUGGCGGCAAUGGCCUCGAGAUUGGCCGCCCUUGGGGCAAAUGCCGCCUCCUUGAUGCAGAGACCAAAGUAAGAGCACCUUGAUGGCGAUGAGCUGCUUCCGUCCCUACAAUGCAUUUGGUAUCUGUGUCAGGAGUAUAGGUGCAGGUGCAAGGAGGAUGAGGGGUUUGAAGAGCGAUCCAAUAAAGAUGGCAAGUCAGAAUGUGUCGGUGAGUACUGCUUGCACAAUGGACGACACUCAGUCUCACCGAACGAAUGUCUCUCCUUCAGCUCCCUGUGAAGGCAUGGGCCACCGUCUGUGUGGCGCCCACAUUGACCCAAGUCCUGGCACGUGUAACGAAGAGACAGAGGAGGAGGACAUCGCGCACUUAGGGCACUACACCUGCAAGUGCGAUCCGAAGAGGGCUGUCGACGGAUGGGACGAUCUAAGCAACACACCAACAUGCGACAGUAGACACGCGAUGAUCCACACUUGGGUUGUGUCUCAUAUACACGAUUGUCUGUUGGGCAGAGAAGAAGGAGUGUGGUCGCAAUGAGGAUCGGGUAGAGGGUGAGAAGUAUGGCGCAUGUCGUGGCCCCGCACUCGUAGACCACUACUAUCGAGGGCAAUGCUGGCGCCUAGACAGAUUUGCCCCCGGCGUAAGCACAUAGAGCAUGACACGCACAAGAUUGCACGCACCAACAUGGAUGGGUAUACGAAUGCAGGAAUAUGACUGUGACUGCUAUGAGGACAAGCACUACAGGGUCCUCUACAAGAAAUCAGACGAGGCCAAAAACGCCACGAACCCUGGAGAGAUGAAGCAGAAGGCCUUCUGUGCAGGCAAGUCGACGGAAACAUGUCCCCGCCAGCAUGCAAUUUCUCAUUGUGUCGCCCAUUUGCAGCUGAUUGCGAGGCGCUUGGCAAUGCAAUGUGCGGCGUUCAUGAGACACCGCCACAUGGAUGCACUGACGAUGAUAAGACCCUUGAGCAGUCCGCGGUGCACGCAUAUAGAUGCCCUGAUUGCGACACCACCGAGAUAUACGAGGCAACACGAACUGAAUUCUGCCCACGUGAGACACAGGCUGCUCACGUUCGUCAGCUAGGAUGGGCGAAAAUGCUUCAUGCAUGUGCUCGCGAUUCAUUCGUGUGACCGUGAACGGGCAUGUGCGACCCACAGGAGAGUGCUCUGAUGAGGAAAGCCAUCGCUGGUGUGGCGGCCCACAGGAAGCGGAGCUCUCUUGGGGCACAUGUAUUGCAGACCCCCUCAUCCACGGCAAGUACGAAUGCAGACCCAGCGACGGGUUUGUUGCAGUCGAAGCUGACGCCCUCAAGCUGAAGAGGGGCUACGAGGAGCUCUUUGAAGAGGGGCUUGAGCAGUCAGCUGUCGUUGGUCGUAGCUAUGAGUACAAGAGCAAGGCUGAGCAUGCGGCGGGAGCAACCUCUGAAGAGGAAAAGGAGCAUAAAGGGGUCACCCCUGGAUACGUCGGCAACAUGACUAUCCCCUCGGCGAAGGAAGGGCCCAGCUUUAAACAGUUCUCUCAAGGUAUGAAUGAGCCAGCCAAGAGCCCUUCUACAACGGUUGCCUUCUUGUCCUCUGCUGUCCAUCAGCUCGAUGCCCGAAAUUGGGCGAUUCGCUAUGUCAAGGGCAGAAGCCACCCGCGACCGUCAGCGACGAAGAUGCACUUGGGUGGUGUGAGCCUUUGCACACCCGGGAUUUCACAUCACCGGUCGGCUAUAAAUGCCACUGCGAUCCAAAGAAAGCUAGGCCACGGCUAAAUACCGAGUAUCACCUGCCGACGUGUGCUGGUGAGCGUCGCAUUGAUUUCGAGAAGUAAGUGUUUUUGGACAGUGUGCCUCUGUCUUAUUUCGCACAGGCAAGUUUGCCUGCGGCGCGGAUGAAAGCAGAGUGUGUGAAGGACCAGCACCCUCAGAGUGGAUGGACAAUACAGGCGCGGCACAUGCUGGAAAAUGCCUGAUUUCGAGGCCGGGGUGACGAUAAAUACGGAGAAUGCUCCAACCACUGCAGUCAUUGUUCACUAUUUCUGCCAGGAAUAUGAGUGCGAUUGUCUCGUCGAUAAACACUAUCUCCCCUUAUCGGAGGAUAAAGCAGCAAUCACAGGACAGGAAUCGGGAGACGCAGCUGUCAGAUACUGCGGAGGUGAUUUGUUGACUUGCACGUACGUCCACCUGUCGUGUCUCUUCUGCUCUUUGCCUGGCCUUGCAGCCACCUGCGAAGCCCUUGGAUUCGACAUGUGUGGCGGACCGAAGCGACAUGACAACCCUUUCCAGAAGCGAGGAGAGUGCAUAGCAAAUGAUGAGUCAUACGGGUCGACUCCUUCAGUGUCAUACACUUGUGAUUGCACCGGUGCGAAAAGUGGAAUCGCUCUCCGCACACCCCAGGUGCAUCCACAUUCAAAGACACCAUACUGUAAGCCGAUGUGAGAGGUGCGAAGCUGCUGGCCUCUGUCAUUCUGUCAUGUCUCUGAUUGACUUGUAGGCCAAGGCGCCGGAUGUAAGCUGUACAUAAAUGUGGUGAUCCCGUAGAGGAUAUUAGCAACUUGAUGUCUCCCCUCUGCAUUACUGUCAGUCGCUUGCACCGACGUGGCUCGUCUCAAUUGUCGCGGACACCACUCGGAGUUCUUCAGGGGGGAAUGCCUAUUAGAUCCUGUCGAUGAGAGGCAGCACACGUGUGAUUGCAACUACCAUCGACCUGGGUCCAGCUUAUUUACAGACAGACACGGCGACAAAUGCAUCGGUAAGAUGUCGCUGGUGUCUGUCAUUGCGGCAUGGAUCUCUCUCAUUCCGUACUUCGCUGGCAAUGUGAUCAAUGUCAGGCACCUGCGAGAAGCUGGGCAGCUUCCUUUGUUCCGGCAAGGACGAGUUCAUCGAGCUAGAGGGAGAUGCGUAUGAACAGAAGAUGCAACAAUAUCGCAACGAGAUAGAGCAUGGUUCACCCAUCGAUGAGAAGCUUCAUUGAUUGGUCCAGCCCUGCAUGAGAAAGUAGGCGGAUUGUUGCUUACAGGCACUUGUAUCGAGCAUGGCGUCAAGGACGGUGAAUACAAAGGCGACUACAGCUGCGGCUGCAAGGAGGAAAAGGCUGACCUUGCUGUCCAUCCAAAGACAAUGACUCAAAUGUGCCUAGGUAAGAAUCAGGCAGUAAAGGUGCAAUGCCCGGCCGGCGCUUACGCUCGACUUGUCUGUUUCUGCUGCAGCCAAGGACUUUGACGGCUGCGAUGACACGAAAAACGAUCGAGCCUGCAUAGGGCCUCCUGGCGUCACAGAGCAAUACGAGCGGGGGAAAUGCUAUGUGCUCAAGACUUUUCGCCCAGGUGUACACUCGCAGCACUACAUAUACUGUCCUUGACUCUGCUCCACUGCUCUUCAGGAAUACAAGUGCUAUGCCUGGCCCGGCAAAGCGCUAAAUAAUGCGAGGUAUCCAGUGGAGCUGACCAGCGGCGAGCACAACAAAAAGGAGAUAUGCGUCGGUAAGACGGAUGACUCAAUCCUUGUCACCCCAUUGAUCAACACAGCGUGUGUCUCUGUCCUUUUGUUCCCUUGUGUGCGCAGCGAACUGUGCUGCCCUUGGAAGCAUUAUGUGCAGAGGCCCCACUUUGGACAAACCGAGGGGCACCUGCCAUCAGAGCAAGCAGGAGCUGCACAAGCCUCCUCUCCGCGCCUAUACUUGCACCUGCAGCCAUAGAUAUGCCCUGGAAGAGCCGCAGAUGCAUCCAAGUGCCAAGACGCAGUAUUGUCGCGGCGCUGCAGAGUCGUGUGAUGCGGAUGGCAUCAAGAUGUGCAGAGGCGAAAGGAACGACGCAUUUCAUAGAGGCAUGCAACUAGCAAACAGACAAAAUACACUUGUCAUUUGGGUGAGUCUCGUUCUGUAACUUACUUGCCCAGGCGAGUGUCUGCUUGCGGAGAAUGAAUUGAAUGAUGUUCUGAGAGAGAUUCAUGGCCGAGACUUUGACAACUUCGACAAGACGAACUUCGAUUACCUUUUGAUGGACCCGCAGCCGUAUGACUGUGCCUGCAAGGCAGAAUUCGGCUUCGUCCCUCACCCUGAAAGCACCAAGCAGAAAUGCAUCGGUCUGUAAAGACUUCGCCACACCACACAUUUCUGUUGAGUGAUUGUGUGUUACAGGAAAGUGUUCCUACCUUGGCUAUCAUCUGUGUGCUGGCGAAGAGCUCCAUCGAAGUGGUGGCAAGAUGGUUCCCUUCCGGGCUGAUAAGCCAGACAAGGAGACGACAAUCGACAAGUACGGCGCUUGCAUCGAUGACGAGAGCACAGAGGGAGGCGACUACCGCUGCAAAUGCGUCGACCGUUACACGAUCCCGGCCGAGAAUCGGUACACACGUACACAAUCGUGCCGGCGCAAGCGGAUGGGAUGUGUGGGACUUGGAGACAUUCCAUUGAGGGCAUGUCAUGGGCCUUCCGACAGUCCAGCUUUCAGGAGAGGCGAGUGCUGGCAGUCAAGUGAAAGCGAGGUGCGAACAACCGAUGAAGCAAGCAAACAUAAUGACCACUUACUCUUUUCUAUCCCUAUAGCCAUACAGCUGCAACUGUUACGAAGAAUCAUUCAACAAGCUGAUUCUCACACCCCCUGCCGACCAAAUCGUCUGCGCAGGUGACGGUCAUCGAUCAGCCUUUCAAGUUGUAUGAUGCCUCAUACAACCGUCUGUGUUUCUGCAGCGACUUGCGAGUCGCUUGGAAAUUUAAUGUGUGGAGUCGAAAAGGGAUUUGGCAAGUGUGAAGGAAACUUUGGGAACAGCAUAUAUGACGAAUUGAUGGCUAUGCCUCCCGCGUACGCUUACAAGUGUCGGUGCGAUCGUGAAAAGGCGGAGGAUGUCAGAAUUCACCAAAUCGCCAAGACAGAGUUUUGUUAAGGUUGGAGACACCACCCCGGCCAGAAUUAUCAUACAUCCUGUCAUCGCUUGUGUGUCCUGUCUGUUAGGCUUCUGUCUGAAUCCUACCUUACGGGCAUCAUGUCAGGGCCCCCACAGUCCCCUUCUUGAAGUCGAGGAAACGCCAGAGUCAAAAAGCGACCUUAUGCUAUUCGGCGAAUGCAUCGAGUCGCCAUCAGUCAACGACGUCAAAGAGGCUCAAAAACAAUGCGAAUGUAAGGACGGCUUCAAGGCUAUCACUGCGACGAUCGAGGGGAAAGAGCGACAGAUAUGUGCCGGUAAAUCAACUCUGCCGCUCACAAACAACAAGCCAGCUCCCGAGACUCGCCGAAUGUGUUUCAUGUUCAGCGACAUGCGACGACAAUGGUCAAGGGAUCGGCAAGAAACUCUGUGCCGGUGGUACGACAGAUCGCAUGCCGAAGAAUCCGAUUGGUAUAUAUUGACAGAAGUGGUUAAGCUCACUUGAUUGCGUACUGGCCUUCUCUAUGUAGCAAGUGCAUCCCUCAUUCGGGCGAGAACUUACGAAGUCCCUAUGCCAAUUACGACUGCCAAUGUGACGAUCCCGACAACUAUGGCUUUCAUGAACACUACAAUUUGCCUCUCUGCCGCGGUACAUGUACACGUCUCAUUAGGGACAGCUCAUAUCCUCCUUGCGAACCAUGUUGCAGAGAAGAGAAGCUGUGAGGAGACUCCGGAUGGCCGCAGGUGGUGCGCCGGCCCAUCACUAAAGCAAGCUGAGAACAAGUACAAGAAAUACGUGCGGGGCCUCUGCUGGAGACACGAGAAUUUUCAGAGCGAGGUGAGCGUAAAAUGAUGAAUUACUCCAUAGCUGCUCCUAAUGAGGCCGUUUCCUUUUCGUGGUCAGCAAUAUGAGUGCACGUGCCAGCAUCCAUACAAGCGGCUGCUGUUUGACGGGGAUAAAAUCGUUGUUGGGGAUAAAUCAUUGACCAAUAUCAACAAUGGACUGAACUCCCGUUCUGCGCAGGUGCGCGGUCACAAGGAGUGUAUCCAUAGGGCAGCAAGCAGCCACCCUGACUGCGGGCUUGUAUCUCAUCUUGUGGCCUGCGUGUUGUCAGCGGACUGCGAGGCUCUCGGCAAGGACAUGUGCGGUGGCAAGGAAGGCCGAAAGGGCACGUGCAUUAAGGGCGACAUCUCUACUGACGCAGGCGCCAUCAGGGAGUCCCCCAGCCAGUCAUAUGAUUGUAAGUGCGACACUGAGUAUGCGCUGCCGACGCCCGAGACCCACCCAAUCACGCAGACCCCCUUCUGUAGAGGCGCUGGAAGUGAGCAACGGCUCCACUCUCAAUUGGCUCCAUGUGUGUCUCAGCAUGCUGUCUGUCUGUGCUCUAUGCAUAUUGUAGAAUCGUGUCCUGAGGCCCUGGAGCGGCCUUGCAGUGGAGAGAAAGCCGACUACAGCAAAUACCCGCGAGCCAAGAGAGGAAAGUGUGUGCUUGACGAAUGGGACCUGGACCUCUCUCGCUGUGAGUGCAACGCAGACCUCGGCUACUUCCCUUCGACCAGCAAUAAGAAAUGCCUGGGUGAGCAGCCACCAAGUGUGAGGAAGAAAUUCAGAGAGAAACAGCUCUUUGUUGCAGGCAAAUGCAAGGGACUCGGUGACUAUCUCUGUGCGGGACUGGACAUCAUCACCGCCAGAGACCCGCACGCCGUCAUGAACAAGCUGCCUGGAGGCCGCUCGAAACCGGAGAUGCACAUCGGGACUUAUCAGGAUGAAGAUGACGAUGACUACCAGCGCACCUGCAAGAAGGACAUCCCAGACCACUUAGGAGUUGUGAUGGGGACACAACAAACCAUCAAGACACAGAUGUGUCAGUGCGUGGAGGGUUUCCAACUGGGCAUUGACAAGACCACCAGAGCACAGAAGUGUUUCGGUAGGCACAGAUAGGAAACACGGAGGGACGUAAUGCAUUGUAUGCCGCUGCAUUUGUCCAUCUGUACUGUCCUGCAGUCACGUGCGAUCCAUACGGCAAGCGGCUGUGUGGGGGAUCCAAACAACAUAACAAAGACAGAACACCAGGGAAAGCAGAGCUCGGUCAGCGCCGCUGAGCAGCUGAUCAAUGCUGUCGGUUCUGCGUAUCUAUGUGUCUGCACCUGGUUGCCACACAGGGACGUGCAGCCAUGGACCCGACGGCGAUUACCAGUGCACCUGCCAUGACAAGAUUGCAUUUCGAGACUUCUACACUGGGUUCAAGGGCCGAAAGCUGCACAUGUGUCAGGCGCGAUGCUCCGAGGAAUAUCAGAGAAACUGCGAGGGCCCUUUUAAGAAAUGGGGUACAUGUGACCAAAUGGACAACGAGAAUGACGUAAGCCGUGUCGACCUGUCGCGGCCGGUCUUUGCUAUGUCGCCGUUUUGCGUCUUCUCAGGCGUACACUUGUACUUGUGUCGGGGAGAAAUUCAACGACAAGAUUGUAAGAGGGACGAACGCCAAGAAGAAAUCCGUCUGCCACGGUGAUGGGAGGCAAGCAGGCAGGCAGCUGUGUCGUGCCAAGCGUUCAGCCGAGGCCGGCCUUGCUUUUGUGCUUUCUUUCUUAAGCGACGUGCGCGAGCCUCGGCAAGGAGCUGUGCCAGGAAGACGAAGACGGAGGUCUGGGCACCUGCCACGAUGACACCCUCGACAAAGACGGCCAUUACAGGUGCACGUGCAACGACAACAUUGAGUCGGGCACGGAUCCUUUCUAUGGGACCCCGCUAUGCAAAAGUCAGGGAGCCCUCUUGAUGCAACGUCCAAGCGGACUCAUUUAUCCUUCUUUCCUCUGUGCGUGCGAUCGUGUCCAGAACCUCAAGAUUGCGAGUCUGACGGCAAGCGAUGGUGCGCCGGCCCGUCACUGCAACAGGACCGCGAAGAGUACAAGACGUACGUGCGGGGCAACUGCUUUCGAUUUGAGGGCAGCAAGGAGGUGAGAGUGGAGACCAUUGAUGAGUCAACGACUUGCGUCUUGCAUAACUCUGCCUGUCUGUCUUCGUAGGCGUACAAGUGCACCUGCAAUGACAGCUACAAGCAGCUCAAGUUCGUCAAGGACAGAAAAACACAAGACGGCUACUACCAGAAAGAGGGCCUUCCGUUCUGCGCAGGUGCGCGGUGACAAGGAGUGUCUCCAGUCACCAUCACUGCCGGCUUGUAUCUCAUCUUGUGGCCUGCGUGUUGGUCAGCGGACUGCGAGGCUCUCGGCAAGGACAUGUGCGGUGGCAAGGAAGGCCGAAAGGGCACGUGCAUUAAGGGCGACAACUCUACUGACGCAGGCGCCAUCAGGGAGUCCCCCAGCCAGUCAUAUGAUUGUAAGUGCGCCACUGAGUAUGCGCUGCCGACGCCCGAGACCCACCCAAUCACGCAGACCCCCUUCUGUAGAGGCGCUGGAAGUGAGCAACGGCUCCACUCAAUUGGCUCCAUGUGUGUCUCAGCAUGCUGUCUGUCUGUGCUCUAUGUAUGUUAUAGAAUCGUGUCCUGAGGCCCUGGAGCGGCCUUGCAGUGGAGAGAAAGCCGACUACAGCAAAUACCCGCGAGCCAAGAGAGGAAAGUGUGUGCUUGACGAAUGGGACCUGGACCUCUCUCGCUGUGAGUGCAACGCAGACCUCGGCUACUUCCCUUCGACCAGCAAUAAGAAAUGCCUGAGUGAGCAGCCACCAAGUGUGAGGAAGAAAGUCAGAGAGAAACAGCUCUUUGUUGCAGGCCGCUGCAAGGGACUCGGUGACUAUCUCUGUGCGGAACUGGACAUCAUCGGCGCUGAAAAUCCAAACGCCGUCAUGAACAAGCUGCCUGGAGACCCACAGAAGCGCAUCGGGUUUUGCGAGCCACGAGAGGACGAUGACUACCUGUGCACAUGCAUAGCUCACACCAAGCCGGAGUACUCAGCGGUUACGACGGGGCACGGGGUAAUUGGCUACAUGCAGAUGUGUCAGUGCGUGGAGGGUUUCCAACUGGGCAUUGACAAAACUGGAGACCAGAAAUGCUUCGGUAGGCACAAACAGGGAAGGAAAUAAUGCAUUGUAUGCCGCUGCAUUUGUCCAUCUGUACUGUCCUGCAGUCACGUGCGAUCCAUACGGCAAGCGGCUGUGUGGGGGAUCCAAACAACAUAACAAAGACAGAACACCAGGGAAAGCAGAGCUCGGUCAGCGCCGCUGAGCAGCUGAUCAAUGCUGUCGGUUCUGCGUAUCUAUGUGUCUGCACCUGGUUGCCACACAGGGACGUGCAGCCAUGGACCCGACGGCGAUUACCAGUGCACCUGCCAUGACAAGAUUGCAUUUCGAG